AUGCUGUCGAUAGUACGGACGCCGACCCGGGUGGCUGCUCAGCCGUUUGUGCGGUUUGCGAGCAAGAAGGCCGGCAAGAAAACGGCAGAGGCACCCAAGGUUGAUCAGAGACAGGUCGCUGCGCAGCGCGAGCGCGAGCAGAAGCGGCUACAGCAGAAGCGCGACAGCCAGCGGGCCAUCAACAGCCUGCGCGACGAGGCAAAGCGCUCACUGCAGCUGCCCCACUCCAUGGACAUUCAAACUGCCUUGCGCUAUAUUCGUGCUGCCGAGGUUGGCCGCCCUGCUCAUGCGACAACCCUUACUUUGUGCAUGCGAAUCGUCGCUGAAAAGGGCGCCGCCAAGCUCGCAGGCACCUGCCGGCUGCCCAAGCCCCUGGACGAGGAAAUCAUUGCCGUGGUCACUAACGACAGUGCUCUUGCUGAAGAGGCCCGCCAGGCGGGUGCUUCAGUCGUCGGUGGUGACGAUCUCAUCACUGCCAUUCAGGAGGGCCGUGAGCCGGCGUUCGACAGACUCUAUGCUACGCCUGAGAUCAUGUCCCGUCUUGGCCAAGUCGCCCGUAUUCUCGGUCCGCGUGGUCUCAUGCCCAACGCCAAGCGCGGCACCGUCACCAGCGAGAUCGGUGCUGCCAUCUCCGCCGCCCGCGGCGAAAUGUCUUUCAAGCAGAGCGAAACUAUGCUGCUUCUGCCUAUUGGCCGCGCCUCUUUCACAGACGCAGAGAUCGUUCGUAAUAUCCUCACAGCUACCAACCGGGUUCGAGAACUUCUUGCCCAGUCGCAGGCAUCCAAAACAGGCUACAUCGGCCGCACUCUUCUCACAUCUACGUCCUCUCCGAGCAUUGUUAUUGAGGUUUAA